AGUCCGGGGCGGAGCCGACGGCCUUACAGGGGCCGGAAGUGGCCUGCGGGCGGAGAAGUGCCCCAGGAGUCCUGACGCAGUGUCUUGGGCGCUAAAGGCGGCGGCGGCCUUGUGUUUAGACUCCAGAACUCCCCACUUGCCGCGUUCUCGCCGCCGCAGGCUCCCGGGACGAUGGUGCCCCGCCUGCUGCUGCGCGCCUGGCCCUGGGGCCCCGCGGUUGGUCCGGGAGCCCCCAGUCGGCCCCUCAGCGCCGGCUCCGGGCCCGGCCAGUACCUGCAGCGCAGCAUCGUGCCCACCAUGCACUACCAGGACAGCCUGCCCAGGCUGCCUAUUCCCAAACUUGAAGACACCAUUAAGAGAUACCUCAGUGCACAGAAGCCUCUCUUGGAUGAUGGCCAGUUCAGGAAAACAGAACAAUUUUGCAAGAGUUUUGAAAAUGGGAUUGGAAAAGAACUGCACGAGCAGCUGGUUGCUCUGGACAAACAGAAUAAACAUACAAGCUACAUUUCGGGACCCUGGUUUGAUAUGUACCUAUCUGCUCGAGACUCCGUUGUUCUGAACUUUAAUCCAUUUAUGGCUUUCAAUCCUGACCCAAAAUCUGAGUAUAAUGACCAGCUCACCCGGGCAACCAACAUGACUGUUUCUGCCAUCCGGUUUCUGAAGACACUCCGGGCUGGCCUUCUGGAGCCAGAAGUGUUCCACUUGAACCCUGCAAAAAGUGACACUAUCACCUUCAAGAGACUCAUACGCUUUGUGCCUUCCUCUCUGUCCUGGUAUGGGGCCUACCUGGUCAAUGCGUAUCCCCUGGAUAUGUCCCAGUAUUUUCGGCUUUUCAACUCAACUCGUUUACCCAAACCCAGUCGGGAUGAACUCUUCACUGAUGACAAGGCCAGACACCUCCUGGUCCUAAGGAAAGGAAAUUUUUAUAUCUUUGAUGUCCUGGAUCAAGAUGGGAACAUUGUGAGCCCCUUGGAAAUCCAGGCACAUCUGAAGUACAUUCUCUCAGACAGCAGCCCCGCCCCCGAGUUUCCCCUGGCAUACCUGACCAGUGAGAACCGAGACACCUGGGCAGAGCUCAGGCAGAAGCUGAUGAGUAGUGGCAAUGAGGAGAACCUGAGGAAAGUGGACUCGGCAGUGUUCUGCCUCUGCCUAGAUGACUUCCCCAUUAAGGACCUUGUCCACUUGUCCCACAAUAUGCUGCAUGGGGAUGGCACAAACCGCUGGUUUGAUAAAUCCUUUAACCUCAUUAUCGCCAAGGAUGGCUCUACUGCCGUCCACUUUGAGCACUCUUGGGGUGAUGGUGUGGCAGUGCUCAGAUUUUUUAAUGAAGUAUUUAAAGACAGCACUCAGACCCCUGCCGUCACUCCACAGAGCCAGCCAGCUACCACUGACUCUACUGUCACGGUGCAGAAACUCAACUUCGAGCUGACUGAUGCCUUAAAGACUGGCAUCACAGCUGCUAAGGAAAAGUUUGAUGCCACCAUGAAAACCCUCACUAUUGACUGCGUCCAGUUUCAGAGAGGAGGCAAAGAAUUCCUGAAGAAGCAAAAGCUGAGCCCUGACGCAGUUGCCCAGCUGGCAUUCCAGAUGGCCUUCCUGCGGCAGUACGGGCAGACAGUGGCCACCUACGAGUCCUGUAGCACUGCCGCAUUCAAGCACGGCCGCACUGAGACCAUCCGCCCGGCCUCCAUCUAUACAAAGAGGUGCUCUGAGGCCUUUGUCAGGGAGCCCUCCAGGCACAGUGCUGGCGAGCUUCAGCAGAUGAUGGUUGAGUGCUCCAAGUACCAUGGCCAGCUGACCAAAGAAGCAGCAAUGGGUGAGGCAGGGGUGGGGAGCAUGCCGUUGGGUCUUGUCCUCAGUGCUUGGGCCAGGGCUUUGACCGACACUUGUUUGCUCUGCGGCAUCUGGCAGCAGCCAAAGGGAUCAUCUUGCCUGAGCUCUACCUGGACCCUGCAUACGGGCAGAUAAACCACAAUGUCCUGUCCACGAGCACGCUGAGCAGCCCAGCAGUGAACCUUGGGGGCUUUGCCCCUGUGGUCUCUGAUGGCUUUGGUGUUGGGUAUGCUGUUCAUGACAACUGGAUAGGCUGCAAUGUCUCUUCCUACCCAGGCCGCAAUGCCCGGGAGUUUCUCCAAUGUGUGGAGAAGGCCUUAGAAGACAUGUUUGAUGCCUUAGAAGGCAAAUCCAUCAAAAGUUAACUUCUGGGCAGAUGAAAAGCUACCAUCACUUCCUCAUCAUGAAAACUGGGAGGCCGGGCAUGGUGGCUCAUGCCUGUAAUCCCAGCAUUUUGAGAGGCUGAGGCGGGUGGAUCACUUGAGGUCAGGAGUUUGAGACCAACCUGGCCAACAUGGUGAAACCUUGUCUCUACUAAAAAUACAAAAAUUAGCUGGGUGUGGUGGCAUGUGCCUAUAAUCCCAGCUACUUGGGAGGUUGAAGCAGAAUUGCUUGAACCCAGGAGGUGGAGGUUGCAGUGAGCUGAGAUCACACCACUGCACUCUGGCCUGGGCGACAGAGCGAGACUGUCUCAAAAAACGAAAAAGAAAAAAAAACUGGGGCCUGUGUAGCCAGUGGGUGCUAUUCUGUGAAACUAAUCAUAAGCUGCCUAGGCAGCCAGCUACAGGCUUGAGCUUUAAAUUCAUGGUUUUAAAGCUAAACGUAAUUUCCACGUGGGACUAGAUCACAACUGAAGAUAACAAGAGAUUUAAGUUUUAAGGGCAUUUAAUCAGGAGGAAAGGUUUGGAAAACUAACUCAGGUGUAUUUAUUGUUUAAGCAGAAAUAAAGUUUAAUUUUUGCUUGAA